AUGAUUGGCGGAGUUCUCUUCCUCGUCAUUGAAGAUAAACGCAACACUCCGGACGAUAACAGCUUGGCCCGACUUUUCCUCGAGCUUCUAUCCGCCGCCGAAAUGAACAAGAAGAUCGACUUUGCAGGUUUGCGCAUUUACGGCCUUUUAACCAACCUUCAGCAAUACAAAUUCUAUUCAUAUGAUCCCUCCACCGAGGAAUUUUUCUUUGACGAGCUGGUCAUCAUCGCGAACAAGAGAGUCCCGGCAUCCAACGACAUGAUCGAUGUUGUUAAUAAAAUUUUCGGCCUUGUUCUAACCGGGUAUAUUGAUGGUUUGCGCGCAAUCAAAGAACGGAGCGAAGAUAGGGCAAAACGCAAUGCCUUGUCGCCCGAAAGUUCUGCGCCUGUAACAGGACCUUCCUCUCAGGAGGUAAAAUUUUGA